AUGGAGCGCAGCCCGCACGCGUCGGCGCAUGCGUGUGCGUGCGCGCGCCUCCGGCUCGCUGCGUGCCCACGCCAGCCCGCGCUCGACCACGGAGGCGGGAGUUUGUCCUCGCGAUUGCUCGGCGUGGGGGCGGGGUGCUGGAGAGCCAGGCUGGUGCAGCAGGACUGCGAGCUGUCGGGGCUGACGGGUCCGGCUGAGAUGGAGGCGUGCAGCGGCCGGCCGCCCGCCGGGCAGGGUCAGGAGAGCCAGCUUCGCGGGGGCAGCGACGGGCCGGUCCCCCGGGAGGAGCUCACGCCGGCGGGAAUGAGUCAGGGUAAACAACAGUGCCACCAUGACAGACAAGAAAGAAACGCAAAGAAAUCUGUGGUCUCCAGUUCAAGUGAUUUCAGCGACCCAGUUUACAAAGAGAUUGCCGUCACCAAUGGUUACAUUAAUCGAAUGAGUAAGGAAGAGCUCCGAGCUAAGCUUUCAGAAUUCAAGCUUGAAACCAGGGGUGUGAAGGACGUUCUCAAGAAGCGUCUCAAGAACUACUACAAGAAGGAAAAGUUGACCCAGCAGCGGGAGGACAGCGAUGCCAGCAGCUACUAUGACUACAUCUGCGUCAUCGACUUCGAAGCCACCUGCGAGGAGGGCAACCCCCCCGAGUUCACUCAUGAGAUCAUCGAGUUCCCCAUUGUCUUACUGAACGCGCACACGCUGGAGAUCGAAGACACCUUCCAGCAGUAUGUGAGGCCGGAGAUUAACACACAGCUUUCUGACUUCUGCAUCAACCUCACAGGAAUUACACAGGAGAUAGUGGACCGAGCCGACACCUUCCCUCAGGUACUUCGGAACGUAGUGGACUGGAUGAGGCUGAAAGAGCUAGGGACAAAGUACAAGUACUCCAUCCUGACGGACGGUUCAUGGGAUAUGAGUAAGUUCCUGAAUAUUCAGUGUCAAAUCAGCAGGCUCAGAUACCCUUCUUUUGCCAAAAAGUGGAUCAAUAUUCGAAAGUCAUAUGGAAACUUUUACAAGGUUCCGAGGAAUCACACCAAGCUGACCGUCAUGCUUGAGAAGCUGGGCAUGAGCUACGACGGGCGGCCCCACAGCGGCCUGGACGACUCCAAGAACAUCGCCCGCAUUGCCGUGCGCAUGCUCCGGGACGGCUGUGAGCUGCGCGUCAACGAGAAGAUGCAGGGCGGCCAGCUCACCAGCGUGUCCUCCUCUGCGCCUGUAGAGGGCGCCCCUGCCCCACAGAUGCCCCAUUUCCGAAAUUAGCAGCUGAGGGUUUUUGCCUCCUGGAUGGCGACUCCCAGCUUGGGUUGCUACCAAAAGUUAACAGAUGGUCAAUUAUUCGUUCAGCUGAUUCUACAAUGCAAAAUGCAAGCACCUUAGACAUGUAAAAGUUUUAUUACAGGUAUAUAUGCAUAUAUGUGUAUUUUGUUGAACAAAUAUAUAUGUAUAUAUGUGUGUGUGUGUAUAUAUAUUUGUUGAACAAACAGCAGAUGGAGGGAGUUUUGGAAUUCAAUGCCACCAGCACUUUUAGUUCUCAAAGUAUUGUUAAACAGUCCUCAUGUACGUGUUUGUGUGUGAGCGUGUGUAUACAUUGUCGCACACACACAAACAUAUAUGUACAUUCCUUUUCGGAAGUGAGCUUGCCCAUUCGCGAAUACAAGGUUCCCAGUCUGCGUUCGGGUAGGCUCGUCCUUAGCCGACGUGCACUCCUUCCCCCGGGGAAGCGCCUCAUCCCCGGGCAUUCCUGCGUUCCCGUCUCAGCAUCUGACUCGGGUGCCCUGGACCCUGGGAAGGAAAGCCAAGGGCAGGAGUGAGAUGGCAGCCGCCCUCCGAUCGAUGCACGUGGCACAGUCACUCACCAGGGCACUGGUACAGUUAGAAGAGGUUCAGUCUCUAGGGGGGUGGUUGGGCAAAAUCAGGUCAGGUCACAGAUCUGAUGGAAAAUUUACUACUUAAUGCAGAUGAGUGACAAAUGGAAAGAAAAUGGAGUUUGGGGAAAAUCACAGAAAAUAUAACUUUGUUACCCUACAGUUUUUAUGAAGAUGAGGUUUUUAGGCCUUUUUUCCUCUGCCACACGGCGAUGGCCUGAAAGUUUGUGAAACUGAGUAAAUGAUAAGGAGAUAUGAGGCCUGCUAAACUGGAAUUAGUCUUAAAAAUCAAGCAUCGCCAUUCGUAUUCAGCACAGCCAGGAAGGAGAAUAAAGUGAGUAAUGUGCCCCACCCCAUUUGAUGUUUGUCGGAGAGUGAGGAACUCUUGGCAUGAGAAGGUCCUCAGAGAUGGCUGAGAGCAUCCCUCGUGCUGCAGGGAAGGAGGCUUGACCGCAUGACUUGUCAGUCCCCUCCAGCUCGCUCGCUGCAGCGUGUGAAAAGUGCGGUCACAGAUAGAGCGUUGAGUUGACCCCCACACGUUAAAAACCAGCUGAUGCUGAGACAGGAAGAGGUCAGUUCUUCACUCCAAAGAAAAAAGUCUAAAGGAGGACGAAGGAGGCUGUUUCACCUAGAGGCACGAACCUGGUUAGGUUGUAUUCAGACACUGUUCUUCUGACUGCUCUUCCUGGAGCCCAGCUUCUCUCGUGGUCUUCAUUUGAACAUGCUGGGCACCCUGUGUUGGGGGGCCUUAGCACCUGCAGAGCAGCGUGAGGGGGAGGAAGAGAGAUGCUCUGGCUGUUUGCAGGGUGGGUGCAUUUGCUCAGGGUUUGAUUGACCUACCCUACGUGAAGGAGUGUGCCCUUACGGCUUUCUUGAGUCUGCUGCAUUGUAUUAUGUUUUUAUUUUUAUUUUAACUUGAAAAUAUGCCCUUUAUUUAAAGGCCUCUGGGUACACAUGCAAGGGUGUACGUGAUGGUAUGUUUAUUCUUUUUGCCUUUGGGGUGGGGGCGUGCAGUUUCAGUAAAAGAUGGACAGAGGGGGUCGUGUUCCAGAAUGCAGAGCGGCGUACACUACGUUGCUUUAGAAAAGCCCCUGUGGAUCAGCUCUGAAAGCGGUUGGGUCUCAGUGUUGCCAGUUUGUUUCCUUUUCCUUCCGAGGCCCUUUUUUUUAGAAGGGACUCCCCCGAUUUUGGGGAUUCCUUUGUUUUUGCCUUGUUCAGAGCACUGACCCCUUUAAAGUCAUCGUGCUGUUACCACAUGCGCCUCUCCCGGGGGCUGCAGCAGGUCAUGCCGUGUCUCUGCUUUGCCGGCCAAGGCACGUAUUGAUCUAGUUUGGACACCGUGCGCCCUCCCAGCCUCUCGUGGAGCUGCUGUUCUGCGGAGUGAGCGCCCACCUGUCCCGAGUGGGGGAGGCCGGCGCUACGGGAGUUCUCGAGUCCGUUCUGUUCCGUGGCGUGAGGGGGCAUCCCUUCCUUCUCACUGGCCGCUCUCAGACUGACCCCUUUCCAGUGUCCAGGCACGCGCCUGAGAAGCAUUCCACAGGUGGCCCUUGCUGCGAUUCUCCUCCGAGUCAUCUCUGAUUGACAGUACUUGAAACGCCUGUUUUUCCUGGGGUCUGUCACACCAGCGGUUUUUGACUUUUCUGUUUGGUUCAAGCCAGAAAUCGCUGCAAGCACCAAGCAGCCUGCUGGUAUGGUUUGUCUGUGGGGCCCUUUGGCCAGAGCCCCACACCAGGUAUUUUACGGACUUGUGCUUCUGUUACCUUCUCCGCGACCAAAGUGCCUAAAGAGAGCAGGAACGGGUGGCUCAAGCGAAGGGGGCCCUCGGGAGCCAGCCCGAUGUCGGCUGCGAGAAUCCCCAGCGGGUCCGAUGAUGGUGAGAGUGGCGGCAGCGCCUCGCAGCCCACAGUGGGAGGACGCCGGCCGGGGCUUCCGAGGAAGGGGCUCAGUGGUGAGGGGAAGCGGUGUGACCAAAGACCUCACCGACCACCACCGUGUGCUCUGCGCUAGCUGCUUUCUCAGGUUUGUCUUUGAUCUGUGGAAGUGUUGCUGUUAUCUUUGGGGUGGGGUGAUGAGUGGAACCCCUGCAUUGUGUGCUUUGUUCUGAAAUAAAAUCACACACCUUUUGCUAUG